AUGUUUCUACCCUCCAUCGGAGAAACCCUCAUUGCAAUAUCCUCGCUCAUCUCGCCAUGUGUAGCGCACAGCUCUCACAAGGUUCGACGCAUAGCACCCACAGCAUCGUCGGCGCUCGACUCAAUUCCACACUGUGCUCUGAAAUGCGUCGAAGCUUUCAUAGAAUCCGAUGGCCUGGGAAGUGCAUGUGCUAGCCUGGACAUCGGUUGUCUCUGCAGGACGAACACGCAGAGUGGAUAUACCUUGGGUGAGGCAGCAUUGCGCUGCAAUCUUUCUUUCUGUCCCAUGAGUGUGGCUGAGAGCUCGCAUGUUUACAACAUAUGCGAUACGGUCCCGGGUGCGAUCCCGAAGACCCAUGCCACUAUCACUGCUACGAUUAUGUCGACAAUCUAUCCCACAACAGGGAUCUCCACGCAGACUACUACUACGACAGCUGAGACCUCCAGCCCGACGGUGAUCGCGUCGCCAUCUGUGUCGACAAGUUCGUUGCCUCAAAGCACAUCUCUGUCUCAAAGUACGCCGAGCACUACUUCGGCUACCUUUGCUACCUUCCAGACUCCUCUAACGUUAACUCACGCCGAUCCAUCAUUUUCCAGCACUACUGAGAAACAAUCAUCAUCACAAACUGCAUCCGGCACAGCCACCACCACCGCGGAGGCCAGUGGGAGCAGCCUGAAUGCCGCUGCAGUCAUCGGAGUUUCCGUCACCUCCGGCGUGUCUGGAUUUUUCAUUCUCGGCGUUAUCAUCUUCUUCUGCUGUCGGAGAGUCCGACGCCGGCAUCAGCGGAUCAAGAAUCGAGAUUUCUUUGAGAUUGGUGGUGUUAUGUCGGAGCCGCCGGAUUUCAGCCAACCUCUUCCACGACGUCCAGCGGAGGGGCCACCUGAUAAUCCCAUGUCCGAUGCAACGAAUCAACAUUCUGAUUCCGAGACCGCGAGAUUAAUGUCGCCAUUCAAGCCCACAGUGCGGAAUCCAGACGUUGUAGUUACCACGCCAGACGACUAUCGGUUUGUGUAUGACACUCCAGACCGGAUCGGAUUUGCGGUGUCAACGAAUUCCGAGUUUGAUGCAUCUCCAAGCCAAGCAUCGCAGCGCACGAUUUCCGACCUUUUACCGGACAAACCAAAUCUGUACCCAGAGCCAUUGAGGUGGAGCAUCCACAAAUCCAGGCCUGCCAGCAGCAACACGCUGUUUGAAGAGGAGGAGGCUGCAAAGUCCCGAGGCUCUCUGGGAUCCGCAAACCCAUACCUGGGGCUCACAGGUGGGCGAAGUCGUCUCAACAAUGGACACCAAUACAGGCAAAACCCGACGAUGGGACUUCCUUCCAACCCCCGCGCGAUGUUAUAUGGGACGGAAGGAGCACGACGAGUCCCGCCACCCAAGAAGAGCGGCCAGUAUGGAGCGAAGCCAGUCUACGCCAAUACUGGAGAAAGAGUUCAAUUCGGUCAGCAAGCCGAGCUCUGCGAUGACAGUCGCCGAAACUCACGGGUUCGGAUGCCAGAUCAGCAAGAUUUCGCGGGCAACUACUGGGGGAAUCAGAACAACGGCUUUGGACGGCCUUCACCUCGGGGAUCUAUGCAACGACCAGUCCAGGGCCUUGGGACGACCAGCCCUUCUUUAAGAGAUCCGGGAGCGGGGUUCGAGACAGUCAACCUCAACGAGAGCUCGACUCCUCGCCGCAAAUCUCGACAUUCGGGUGACUUCAAGCCUCUCACUCCUGUGAAGGAGGUGCGAACCCCGUCGGGUGCUGCGCCCAGGGGGGAGGCCCAGGGAUACUUCAAUGAGAAUGCGACUGUGCAGUAUCCCCAAAUGCCCUUUUCUGCCGCCGUUCCUCCCCAGGAGAUCGUAUCACGGCCUCGAAUCGUGCGACGUGAUGAUAUCAAACGGGUGCAGAUCCGCAAGGGCAAACCACAGCCCCAAGGACUCAGUACGCCAUAUUCCCCCGAAGAUUGCUGGUUCACACCCAGCUAUGACUCCGGCCAGCGAUAUUCAAAUGGGUCCAAGAGCAGAAGACUCCCGGUCGAUAAUAGUUAUCCGGUGGAGAACAUGACUUCGCGUGUGCCGGCGAGGAAACCAGUGUCCUGGGGGCGCAAGGUCACCCCGUCGAAGAGAGGGUCUGACCUGAUUCUCCGUGUGGACUGA